AUGGCCGAGAACAAGGCGAACGCAGCCCCAGCAGCUGGCAUGCUCUGGGGUGGCAGAUUUACAGGCGGGAUUGAUCCUCUCAUGCACAAGUACAAUGCCUCUAUCAGUUACGACAAAGCUCUGUACAAAGAAGAUAUCCUUGGAUCAAUUGCUUUCGCCAGAGCCAACUCAAAGACUGGCAUCAUCACUGAAGACGAAUUUCAGACGAUUAAGGGUGGUUUACUCGAGGUGAUGGAAGAAUGGAAGCAGGGAACUUUCGUCAUCAUGCCGAACGACGAAGAUAUCCACACGGCAAAUGAACGUCGCCUGGGAGAGGUCAUCGGCAAGGAUACCGCGGGCAAGCUGCACACAGGUCGCAGCCGCAACGAGCAAGUUGUCUGUGAUAUGCGCAUGUGGUUGCGCGAUCGAAUCAGGGAGAUUGAUGGCCAACUUGUCGCAUUCCUCAAGGUCAUUAUCGCACGUGCCGAGUCCGAAAUCGACUACCUUAUGCCUGGAUACACCCACAGCCAGCGUGCCCAGCCAGUCAGAUGGGGACAUUGGCUAAUGGCACACGCUGCUGCGUUCAAGCAAGAUCUCGAGCGUCUACGUCAGGUUUUCGAAAGGGUCAAUCUCUCUCCACUUGGUUGUGGUGCUUUGGCUGGCAAUCCAUUCCGAAUCGAUCGAAACGCCAUGGCUGCGGAGCUUGGUUUCAGCGGGAUAACUGCAAACUCCAUGAACACUUCGGCUGAUCGCGAUUUCAUCAUCGAGUUCCUUACUUGGAACUCAAUCUUUACCAACCACAUCAGCAGGUGGGCCGAGGAUCUUAUCGUAUACGGAACGAGUGAAUUUGGAUUUGUGCAGCUGGCCGAUGCAUAUUCGACAGGCUCCUCUUUGAUGCCUAACACCCUCAAUUUGAAGAAGAAAAACAGCGACUCGCUUGAGCUUUUGCGUGGCAAGUCAGGUCGUGCUUUUGGUCAAAUGGCUGGCUUAAUGAUGACGAUGAAAGGUCUGCCAUACUGUUAUGCCAAAGAUUCUCAAGAGAGCUGGCAGCCUAUGCUGGACUCUGUUGAGUUUGUGUCGGAUAGUUUAGGCAUCGCUAACGGUGUCAUUGCUACCUUGACGGUGCGGCCAGAGCGGAUGAGGGCUGCUCUGGACAUGACGAUGCUUGCCACUGAUGUUGCAGAGUGGCUAGUGAGGGAGGGUGUUCCAUUCAGAGAGGCUCACCACAUCUCUGGACGCGUUGUUGCCUUGUCCGAGAACACAGAGGUUUCGAUGGACCAGCUCACCCUGGAGCAACUGCAAGCCAUUGACUCUCGGUUUACAGCAGACAUUGCGGCGGCAUUCAAAUAUGAGUCGAGUGUCGAGGCGAAAUCGGCUUCAGGCGGUACCAGCCGAUCAGCCGUACUGGGGCAGAUCCAGGAGCUCCGUGCUAUUUUAGAUUAG